UGUAUGAGGUGAGGCAUACUUGGAAGGGGAAAAGAUUAUGGCAAUCACACAAAGAGAAGAAAUGGCGAGAACCUGAACUAAGCGGUGUGACAGAACUUAACCUAGAGAAUAAUCAAAGUAAGAAAAGCAGGGCUGGGAGAACCAAGAAGGUGAGUAGGAUGGAAGCAAUAAGGCAUGGAGCUGUGGUCCAGACAGAGAGAGAAAAAGAAGAUGACUACAUGGGGCGAUGGUAAUGGCAUCCUGAAUACCCACAUCCUGUCUGGACUGUGAUGAUGGCUACAGUCUCCCUGGAGGGAUUACUGGGAAAGACUCCAAAAAGCACAAUGAACUACAUUACAAGCUUCCACUACUUAAGACCGUCUUCAAAUCAAGACUGGACUACCACUCAUCUGGAUGUUACAGAUUUCUAUUCUGGAGUGGUCUGGGUGAAAUGAGUUCUAAAGUCUUUCUCAACUCAGACAUCCUACAAAUUACAAGGGACUGUGCCAAUUAUGUCCUACAAAGAACACUUUAAAAAACAGAAAACCUGGUCCCGCAGCCUCUCCCAGCCUGGCCAGCGCUUUUCCCAACAACAGAGUAACUGCUCAGAGGUGGGAAAGUGUGUUGGAAGCAUCUGCAAAGAAGAUGUCGGGAGAGAUCUUCUCCCCUCUGGAGAGCCUCGAUGCCCUGGAGGCCUCAAAUGUCCACCCCCUCGUCUGCUUCCUGUGCCACGGGCAGUAUGAGCACCCGUGCCUGCUAGACUGUUACCACAACUUCUGUGCCAGCUGCCUGCGGGGCCGGGCUGUGGAUGGCCGUCUACCCUGCCCGCUUUGUGGCCACCCGUCCGUAGUGAAGGGAGCCAAUGGGCUGCCGCCUGUGGACCGGCUGCUGCAGUUCCUGGUGGACGGCUCUUCGGACGGCGAGGAGGCGGUGCGCUGUGCGAACUGCGAUCUGGAAUGUCCGGCGCAGGAUGCAGAGACCACCUACUUCUGUAACACUUGUGGUCAGCCACUAUGUGCACACUGCCGGGAGGAGACUCACAAGGCCAAGAUGUUCUCCUGCCAUGACAUUGUGGCCCUGGGCAAACGUACCAAGGAUGCCCAGAAAAAAUGUUCUUUGCAUGGUGAGCCUUUCAUUAUGUUCUCCACUGACAAGAAGUCCAUGCUCUGCAUUCGAUGCUUCGGGGACAUGCAGGGGGAAAGCCGGGCACACUGUAUCGAUAUAGAGACAGCCUAUGUGCAGGGUUGUGAGAAGCUGGACCAGACUGUCUUGGCUGUGAAGGCUUUGCAGACUUCCACUCGGGAGGCAAUUGCCCUGCUCCAGACCAUGGUGGAGGAGGUGAGACAAAGUGUGGCUGAUGAGGAGAGUGCCAUCCACACCCUCUUCAGCAGCAUGCAGGAGAAGCUGACGGAGAGGAAGGCGUUGUUACUGAAGGCAGUGCGGAGCCAGUAUGAAGAGAAAGACAAGGCCUUCAAGGAUCAGCUCUCCCACCUGGCUUCCCUGCUGCCCACCCUUCAGGUCCACCUGGUUACCUGCUCAGCUUUCCUCAGCUCGGCCAACAAGGCAGAAUUCCUGGACCUGGGAUAUGAACUCAUGGAACGGCUUCAGGGCAUCGUCACCCAGCCCCACCACCUGCAGCCAACGCAGAGCAGUAAGAUCACCAGCGACCACCGCGCUGAGUUCGCCCGCUGCCUGGAGCCUCUGCUGCUGCUAGGUGCCCGCAGAGCGCCAGCGACUGGGGCUGCAGCCACCAUGCUCUCUGGGUGUUCAACUACCAAGACCCUGAAAAGUUCUGGCUGCCCAUCCCCAGGUGGAAAGAUGUGUGGCUCACCUGUCCACAAGCCCACGCUGCACCGAUCCAUCAGCACCAAGCUGCUGCUGGCAGAGGGAGGUGACACCCGCUUCAUAGAGCACUGCCACCUCUAUGAGGAGACAUACAGGAUCCUGCAAUCCGAGAUCCAGAAUCUGAAGGAUCAAGUUCAAGAAUUACAUCGGGAUCUCACCAAGCACCAUUCCCUCAUUAAGGCAGAAAUUAUGAGCGACAUCUUGCAGAAAUCCCUGCAGGUGGACGGGCAUAUUGCUUCCCAGUAUGCCUCAGUAGAAAUGAUGAGGGCUGUCUUUGAAGAGAAAUGGGAGGAAACCUAUCAGAGAGUAGCAAAUGAGCAAGAAAUUUAUGAAGCCCAGCUCUAUGACUUGUUUCAGCUGAGGCAGGAGAACAACUACUUGACCAACAUCACCAAGCAGAUCACUCCUUACGUCCGCUCUAUUGCCAAAGUGAAGGAACGACUAGAGCCUAGAUUCCAAGAACCUAUUGAUGAGCAAUCAGAAAACUUGCAAAAAAUAUAUGAAGACACAGUGGUGAUGGAUGAAAAUCAAACCAGGAAUGAACCAAAAAACAGUUCUGAAGAGAAGAAAGAAGAUGCUGGAGUCCAACAAAGGGGACAGCCAAAUUCUGAACAGACUAUCAGAACACCCGAAAAAUAAAGACCAACAAAUCCAAUGAGAAAUAUAGGAUAGAUCUCACCAUCAGGAACGAAUUUAUAGCUUAGCAACAGGGACUUGCUUCCUUUUUUAAAGCAGAUUUAAAGUUCCCUUUCAUUACUCAUUAAAUGUAAUGGAUGUAGGGCAGCUAGGUGGCUCAGAAAAUUAAGAGCCAGGGUCCCAGGUUCAAUGAGCCCUGGAUGAGCCACUUAUCCCAAUCACCUAGUCUUUACUGCUCUUCUGUCUUAGAACCAAUACACAGUAUUGAUUUUAAGAUAGAAGGUAGGGUUUUUGAAAAUAAAGAAAUAAACAUAAUGGAUUAUUUUGACAAAAAUAAAAUUGUAGAUUUAGCAAUCAGGGUUUUUAAAAUUAAGGGUUUUUUCCCUUGCUUGAAUAAAUUUGCCCUUUUCUUCCCCACUCUUAUAUACCCAUGAGUAAAUCAUAACCCCAAAACACUACCAUUUUGGGAGACGAGAUUUAAAAACUCUCCUCCAGUCAAAUUUUAAAUCAGAGUGAAAAUCGGUCCCCAUUGGACAUGUGUCAAUCAUAACUCCUUCCCUGAACUAGAUUUUUUGCCAUCUCUUCUGGAUCCCAGCACCUCUACAAUUUUUUUUUUUAAUUCUUACCUUCUUUCUUAGUAUUAAUUCUAAGAAGAGCAGCAAGGGCUAGGCAACCAGGGUUAAGUGACUUGUCCAAGAUCACACAGCUAGGGAUUGUCAGAGGUCAAAUUUGAACCUAGGACCUCCCACCUCCAGGCCUGAUACUUUUAUCCACUAUGCUACCUACCUGCUGCCUUUUCCCAAUUUUUCAAUAAGAUUUUGCCAAUACCUCUCCUGUGAGAUAGAUAAUUCCAGUUUCUUUUCAGCCAAAGCUUUCCUAUUAAGGCAAUGUCAUUUGAAAAGUUGCAGUUAUGGGCCCAGCAAAAAGUGAGGGAACAAGUCCCUCCAGAUUCUCUUCUCUUUCAGCAGGGGAUAUGCUUACAGGGAAGUUAUUUCAAGUUGAUAGGGAGAAAUAACUAUCUUUCUGAAGACAAAGUUCAAUUUCUCCCCCAAAGACUGCCAUUAUAAGUUGUUCCCUUAUUGCAGAUAGUUGUUGUCUUUUAAACCCUGACCUUCUGCCUUAGAAUCCAUAUAAAUAUCAUUUCCAAGGCAGAAGAGCAGCAAGGGAUAGGCAAUUGGGGUAAGUGACUUGCCCAGGGUCACCCAGCUAGGAAGUGUCUGCGGAUAGAUUUGAAUGAUCUUCCCAACUCAAAGCCUGGCAUUCUAUCCACUGAGCCACAUAUCGAUCCCAAAGCAGAUACUGCUUUUUAACCAAUAAACCACUUGAUGAAGACUUUCUUAUAAUCUAAAAGAAAUUUAUCUAAAUAACCUCCCUCCUUCCAUCUCCCACCAGGGCUUUAAUAAGAUGAAUCUAUCCCGGAGCUAGUUUUCCUGAUUGCUGAGUAACAAGUAGCUCCUGUCAGACAUCUCUCCUCUUGGUAACUAUGGUUACAGAGAUGGAUGAGUUUAUUUCUGAUUGCAGUAUGCUGAUGGAGCACCUUAUGGUUACAAAGUACUUUACAUACAUUCUCAUUUAAUCUUUCACAAUGAUUCUGUGAGAGAGGCAAUCUAUGUAUUUAGAGAUUCAAGAGAGGUUGAGAGCCACAUCUAGAGAUCCUGCAUUCAAAUCUGUCCUCAAGUACUUCCUGGCUGUAUGACCCUGGGAAAGUCACUUAACCCCACUUGGAACCAACAAAGGGCAUUGAUUCCAAGAUAGAAGGUAAGUGUUAAAAAAAUAAAAGUGGUUGUGAUUUGGCCAAGAUCAUCAUCCUCGUCCACACACACACAAACUCAAGGCUCGAACUUUAUUUAAUCCAGAUGUCCUACCUAAUUCCUAGUCUUGCACUCUUUCUAGUAGCCCAACUGUGAGAGUGUAACCCAGAACUCAAGGCAAGUACAUAAGCCUUACAGGCUUUCUGACUCCCAAGUUCAGUCUGAUAGGAAAUAUUAGCUAAAGCAGGCAGGGUUAGACCAAGACUUGCAUAAAUAGAACUAUUGCAUGCCAGUGGUUUGAUAGGGAGUCUCCUAGCUAUUUCCUCAAGUUCUAUGGAUUCUACUGCUAUGAUUCUAUCUUGCAUUUGGUCCAGGUCCUCCUCUUCUUUCACUGGACUACCGUCCUAGCCUCUUUUUUAAAUCCUUACCUUCUUUCUUAGGAUCAGUUCUAAAACAGAAGAUUGCCUAGGGCUAAGCAGUCAGGGUUAAGUGACUUGCCAGAUGUUGCCAUAGCCUAACUGGCCUCCUUGCUUUCAGUCUUUCCCUUUUCCAAUCCAUCCUCCACUGCUUGGCUGUCAAGUUGAUAUUCCAGAAGCACAGGGCUGACCAUGCCAUUCCCCUGCUCAAGCUGAGUGCCUCCCAUUGUCUCUAAGGUAAAAUGUAAACUCAUGAAUUUGGCCUUUAAAGUCUUUGUGUGUGAUUCACUCUUUUUCACACAUUCUACAUUUCGGCUAAGCUGGCCUUGAUUUUUGAGCUCCCACCUCUGGGCCUUGCACAGGUUGGCUUCAUAUCCAGAGUGUUCUUAUUCUACCUGUUUCUUGGACUCUCAAGCUCAGCUGCCACAUGAGGCCUCUUCCUGAUUCCCCCAGUUGUCACUACUUCUCCCUCCCCCCUACCCACCAAAUUUAUAUAAGGAUAUAGUUUGCAAAUUCUAUGCAUUUACCUGUGUGGAAUGCCCUCAGCUGAAUAUUAGUUCCAUGGGAAUAGGGAAUGUUUCUUUUUUGCCUAAUGCUUCUUCAACUGAACUGACUUCCUACUUUCUUCCAAUGAAAUUAUCCACGGCAAUUUGGUAGAAAUGUGUUUUACACCCCACACACUCUUCAUAUUGAAAUCAAGAAUAGUUUUAUUUAAGAAUUGGAAAGAAUAAUCAAUAUCUGUGAAAGAAAAUUCAUUUAAAAAUAUUUAAAUAAACAUUUCUUCAUGUAAAAAGAAGAGUAGAACAAUUACUCCAUUAAUUGAAUACAUCCUGGGUCUGGGGCAGGCUUCCAAGAGUCAGGCACAAAGGACUUCUCCAGGUGAAUCCUGAUGAAAACUGAUGUCCCUAGCCCAUCCCAAGUGAUCAAGCCUUUGUAGGAGCAAGGAAGCAAUGUAGCAAUAAUACAGCUUCCUCCUACACUCAGAUUUUUAGAGCAUCUCCAGCUUAGUAGAAAAGCCAUAUAGAAUGGGAGCUCAGAAACUAGCCCAGGCAGUAAGGAACAAAGUGCUGAGGAGGGACAGUGAUUUACUGGACUCAUUACUAGGAGGUGAUUGAUUGCUUAUGGUGAGUUUGGGCUAAGAUUUCAUCAAGCCUUAAACAAAGAUAUUUGUAUUCAUAACCUAUAAGUUUAGGAAUCUAUCUAUCUAUAUAUACUUUCCCCUCCUCAGUCAGAAUAUCUAACUGAAUCAGGAAGAAUAUUAUGUAAAUAGAGGGAAAAACAGGACUAAUAAAAUUGACUACCUUUUAGGCAUCAGCAGCAAUUUGUACUAAGGAACAGACAGGCCCAUAUCAUCAUUUAUUGACCUUGAAAAAAUAUAUUUGGCUCCUAGUACUACUCAUUCAGUCAACUCAACCCAACAUGAUGCACUGAGGAGUCCUGUGGGGGGCCACCAGACCCUGAUGCUGAAGAACCGCUGCUCCAUUUUACACAGCUCUGGGCCCCAGUAUUUACAGGACUCUUUUUGUGGAUAAGAAUAUAUAUAUACACACACACAUAUAUAUGUAUAUGCAUACAUAUAUAUAUAUUCAUUAAAAAAUUUUGAAAUAGAAAAAAGCAUUUCCUGUCAUUUCAUUAUUUAGAAGGAAUUAGUGAUGUCAACUUUAGAGCGAAUGACAGAGAAGCAUUGAACUUAUCCACCUAAUUUUUUGUACUGUACACAAUUAUUGCUAAGUUUAUAUAUUUUAAAUGAAACUGAAGCUCAUGGUAUCAGAUCAAAGUCAAAAGUA